ACCUGUGGACUGAAGGAUUCAGAGUCCGGGGGAGCACCCGCUCUGGGGGCGUGGAGAAGAAAAGGCAGCGGCCGGAACCGUGUGGAAGGAGGAAGGAGGAGAUGCAGUGUCAGAGGAAACCAGGCAGCGGCAGGUGCCUUAGGGGAGGAGCCACGAACAAAGAGAAGGUGUGGAGGAGUCGCCGAGCAGACCUGGUGACCCACGCGUUUGGCCGUGGCUUUGGCAAAAUACCAUGGAGCCUUAUGAUGCACCAGAAUCCACUCCGAGGCAGCACCCAUCCUGCAGUCUUAAAGAUUACUUUCUAGGAGCCACCCCGCUGCAGAGACGGCUGGAGUCGGUCAGGAAGCAGGCCACUUCAUUUGUCCCAACUCCGCCCCGAAGGAAAAUUCCCCAGUGCUCACAACUGCAGGAAGAUGUUGAUCCUCGAAAGGUUGCAUUCCUUCUGCAUAAACAGUGGACUUUAUAUAGUUUAACUCCCCUAUACAAAUUUUCCUAUGCUAAUCUCAAGGAGUAUUCUAGACUUCUGAGUGCAUUUAUUACUGCUGAAAAGCAAAAAGGACUUGCUGUGGAAGUAGGAGAAGACUUCAACAUCAAAGUGGUUUUCUCUGCUCUCCUAGGAAUGAAAGGAACGCAAAGGGACCCGGAAGCAGUUCUUGUCCAGAUUCUGUCAAAACCUCAGUGGCCAUCUGAGGACAGAGAAGGGAAGGUGUUGUGGACCGGUUGGUUCUGCUGUGUGUUUGGAGAUAGUCUUCUGGAAACAGUUUCGGAAGAUUUCACCUGUUUACCCUUAUUCCUUGCAAAUGGAGCGGAGUCUAACACAGCCAUAAUCGGAACUUGGUUUCAGAAAACCUUUGACUGUUACUUCAGUCCUUUAGCGAUCAAUGCAUUUAAUCUUUCCUGGAUGGCUGCUAUGUGGACUGCAUGCAAAAUGGACCGUUAUGUGGCUACUACUGAGUUUCUGUGGUCUGUACCCUGUAGCCCACAAAGCCUGGACAUUUCUUACGCGAUACAUCCAGAGGAUGCAAAAGCUUUGUGGGACAGUGUCCACAAAACACCUGGGGAGGUUACCCAGGAGGAAGUUGACUUAUUCAUGGACUGUCUUUAUUCCCAUUUUUAUAGACAUUUCAGAAUUCACUUAUCAGCCACAAGAUUGGUUCGUGUGUCAACAUCUGUAGCUUCAGCACAUACUGAUGGAAAGAUAAAGAUUAUUUGUCAUAAAUACCUUAUUGGUGUGUUGGCAUAUUUGACAGAACUGGCAAUUUUUCAGAUUGAGUGAGGUCUUCUAUGGACUGUAAGAUGUGGAUUACGUACCCUUUUCUAAUUGACUACUUGCCUAGCUGCUAAGCUGAGAGGGAUGCAGGAGAAAUGGUAUCUGUUUCUAUGUUUUCCUCACAGUGCUUUGGAGUUGCCCAGAUGGAAGCCAAGAAGAAUCUAGAACAAAGAACAUCAUGGCUGAGCCACAGCCAUGUGCUCAUGUGUGGAUCAUGAACUGGGGUGCCAGUCUAUAGGGAAAUGCUGAGUUGUGCAAUUCUGUCAUCUUUUUAAAAAAUGUUUAUGAUGUCAAACUUCGGGAUUCAAGUGAGGUAUAUCUGAUAUUGGGUAUCUCUGAUUUGGGCCUUCAAAACCUCUAAUACAUUUUAGACAUUUUAGACUUGCAUUCACAGAGAAUUUGUGUCUUCUAAAGACAUUUUCCUAGCAGGCGUUUGACCAUAGAGAGAAAUGGCAAUGAAAAUCCCCUCAAAAGGAAACUAAAAAGUAAUAUACAUCUCUCUAGCCACUACUGUGCUUCUGUUUUUAAUACUGUUCAAUUCCUACUGCAAUGUUAAAUUAAAUAUUCUCUUUUAAAAUGAAGCAGUGUGUUUAUCAGCGUCUUAAUGACACCUUUUAAUUAAUAUCUCAGUUGUGGGAAGUGGUAGGCCUUUCUCUAGUACAAAGAGUCCAAACCAAUAGUUAUAUAGAAUCUCACACAUUGUGGAGUUGAAAGGCAUCUGCCCCUUUUUGAGGGCAGACGUUAUCUUGCUUAACCUUCAUGUCCCUACUUUUGUAGAGUAUUUGGUAAAUAUCUGUAAAUGAAUUUUAAACAGUUCUUCGAUUUUACAUAUAAAAACUGAGGUGAAGCAACUUAAGAGACUUAUUUGUAAUGUUGUACUUAAAUUCCUUCUUUUUCAUUUUUAAAGAUUUAUUUAUUUAUUUGAAAGUCAGAGUUACACAGAGAGAGGAGAGGCGGGGGGGUGGGUCUUCCAUCCGCUUGUUCACUCCCCAGUUGGCCAUAACGGCCAGAGCUGUGCCAAUCAGGAUCCAGGAGCCUCCUCCGGGUCUCCCAUGCGGAUGCAGGGGCCCAAGGACUUGGGCUAUCUUCUACUGCUUUCCCAGGCCAUAGCGGAGAGCUGGAUGAGAAGUGGAGCAGCCAAGACUAGAACCGGCGCCCAUAUGGGAUGCCAGCACUUCAGGCCAGGGCUUUAACCCACUGCACCACAGUGUCGGCCUCAGAUUUCUUCUUCUUUUUUUUUUUUUUAAAAAAGAUUUCUUUAUUUAUUUGAAAGUCAGAGUAACACAGAGAGAGGAGAGGCAGAGAGAGAGAGAGAGAGAAAGAGAGAGGUCUUCCAUAGUUCACUCCCUAAUUGGCCGCAACAGCUGGAGCUGCGCCGAUCCGAAGCCAGGAGCCAGGCGCUUCCUCCUGGUCUCCCAUGUGGGUGCAGGGGCCCAAGGACUUGAGCUAUCUUCUACUGCUUUCCCAGGCCAUAGCAGGGAGCUGGAUGGGAAGAGGAACAGCCAGGUUUUGAACUGGCGCUCAUAUGG